CCUCCUCCUCCUCCUCCUCCUCCUCCUCCCCCUCCUCCCUAAGUGUACAGACAGCAUCACAUCACCUGGUUUGCUUCUGAGAAACAGCAUCUCUCCUUUUCAGGGACCAGAGACUCAGAGAGAGGAGACAUUCUAAUGGAGUCUGCUUGAUACCCCAAAAUAAAAUAAUAAAUUUUGGCUCUUGUCCCCUCCUCCCACCCCACCCCCUCAGCCCUGUGUGAGAUGUUGGGUUUCUUCUUCAUGAGACAUUGUUGAGAAGUCGCAGUGGUUGGAGAGCGUAGGGGGUAGACUACCUCUACUCCCCCCCCCUCUUUUUUCUCUCUGGGAGGAGGAGGAGGGGAAGGGGGCUUGCCGAGCAAGCGAUGGAUGAGGAAAACAUGACGAAAAGCGAGGAGCAGCAGCCUCUGAGUUUGCAAAAAGCCUUACAGCAGUGCGAGUUGGUCCAAAACAUGAUAGACCUGAGCAUCUCCAACCUGGAAGGGCUUAGGACCAAAUGUGCCACCUCCAACGACCUCACACAAAAAGAGAUCCGGACCCUGGAGAGCAAGCUGGUGAAAUACUUCAGCCGACAGCUGUCCUGCAAGAAGAAGGUGGCCCUGCAGGAACGCAACGCCGAGCUGGAUGGCUUCCCCCAGCUCCGGCACUGGUUCCGGAUCGUCGAUGUGCGCAAGGAAGUCCUAGAGGAAAUCACCCCUGGCCAGCUGAGUCUGGAGGACCUCUUGGAGAUGACAGAUGAGCAGGUGUGUGAGACCGUGGAGAAAUACGGAGCCAACCGGGAGGAGUGUGCCCGCCUCAAUGCCUCCCUCUCCUGCCUCCGCAACGUCCACAUGUCAGGAGGCAACCUUUCCAAACAAGACUGGACCAUCCAGUGGCCCACCACGGAGACGGGGAAGGAGAACAACCCCGUGUGCCCCCCGGAGCCCACGCCGUGGAUCCGCACCCACCUCUCUCAGAGCCCCAGGGUCCAGACCAAGUGCGUCCAGCACUACUGUCACGCCAGCCCCUUGCCCGGGGCCCCCGUGUACACCCAUGUGGACAGGCUUACCGUGGACCCCUACCCGGGCCUGUGCCCGCCACCGCCGCUGGAGUCAGGCCACCGUUCCCUGCCCCCGUCGCCCCGGCAGCGGCACGCGGUCCGCACCCCGCCGCGCACCCCUAAUAUCGUCACCACCGUCACCCCUCCCGGCACACCACCCAUGAGGAGGAGGAACAAGCUGAAGCCUCCGGGGACCCCGCCGCCCUCCUCCCGGAAACUGAUCCACUUGAUUCCAGGUUUCACCGCUCUGCAUCGGAGCAAGUCCCACGAAUUCCAGCUGGGUCACCGUGUAGACGAGGCCCACACACCCAAAGCCAAGAAGAAAAGCAAGCCCUUGAACCUCAAGAUUCACAGCAGCGUGGGCAGCUGCGAGAACAUUCCAUCUCAGCAGCGCUCGCCGCUCCUGUCGGAGCGCUCUCUCCGCUCUUUCUUUGUGGGACAUGCACCUUUCCUGCCCUCCACCCCUCCCGUCCACACCGAGGCCAACUUCUCUGCAAACACACUGUCCGUGCCGCGCUGGUCCCCGCAGAUCCCUCGUAGAGACCUCGGCAACUCCAUUAAGCACAGGUUUUCCACCAAGUACUGGAUGUCUCAGACGUGCACAGUCUGUGGAAAAGGAAUGCUUUUUGGCCUCAAGUGUAAAAAUUGCAAGUUAAAGUGCCACAACAAAUGCACCAAAGAAGCCCCACCCUGUCAUCUCCUGAUCAUCCACAGAGGAGAUCCAGCAAGGUUGGUCCGGACAGAGUCCGUCCCGUGUGACAUCAACAACCCUCUACGAAAGCCACCCCGGUAUUCGGACCUGCACAUCAGCCAGACGCUCCCCAAAACCAACAAGAUCAGCAAGGACCACAUCCCUGUCCCUUACCAGCCGGACUCGAGCAGCAACCCCUCAUCCACGACGUCCUCCACGCCCUCCUCACCAGCACCCCCCCUGCCUCCCAGUGCCACGCCGCCUUCUCCCCUGCACCCUUCCCCACAGUGCACAAGGCAAAAGAACUUCAACCUGCCAGCGUCCCACUACUACAAGUACAAACAGCAGUUCAUCUUCCCAGAUGUAGCGCCAGUGCCAGAGACGCCGACCCGGGCGCCCCAGGUCAUCCUGCAUCCGGUGACCUCGAAUCCAAUCUUGGAAGGAAAUCCAUUACUUCAAAUUGAACUGGAGCCAACCUCAGAGAAUGAAGAGGGCCACGACGAGGCCGAGGAGUCAGAGGACGAUUUUGAGGAGAUGAACCUGUCCCUGCUCUCAGCCCGGAGCUUCCCACGCAAGGCCAGCCAGACCAGCAUCUUCCUGCAGGAGUGGGACAUCCCUUUUGAGCAGCUGGAGAUUGGCGAGCUCAUUGGAAAGGGCCGCUUCGGGCAGGUGUAUCACGGCCGCUGGCAUGGCGAGGUGGCCAUCCGGCUGAUCGACAUCGAGAGGGAUAAUGAGGAACAGCUCAAGGCCUUCAAGCGGGAGGUGAUGGCCUACAGGCAGACGCGGCAUGAGAACGUGGUGCUCUUCAUGGGUGCCUGCAUGAGCCCACCCCACCUGGCCAUCAUCACCAGCCUGUGUAAGGGACGGACUCUCUACUCUGUGGUGAGGGACGCCAAAAUCGUCUUGGAUGUCAACAAAACGAGGCAGAUUGCCCAAGAAAUUGUGAAGGGCAUGGGCUACCUGCACGCAAAGGGGAUCCUUCACAAGGACCUCAAGUCAAAGAAUGUCUUCUACGACAACGGGAAAGUGGUGAUCACAGACUUCGGGCUCUUCAGCAUUUCCGGGGUGCUGCAGGCCGGCAGGCGAGAGGAUAAACUCCGCAUCCAGAAUGGCUGGCUGUGCCACCUGGCACCAGAGAUCAUCCGCCAGCUGUCCCCCGACACAGAGGAGGACAAGCUCCCCUUCUCCAAGCACUCAGAUGUCUUUGCACUCGGCACAAUUUGGUAUGAACUCCACGCCAGGGAGUGGCCUUUCAAGACCCAACCAGCAGAGGCAAUCAUCUGGCAAAUGGGCACCGGCAUGAAACCCAACCUCAGCCAGAUCGGCAUGGGAAAAGAAAUCUCGGACAUUCUUCUCUUUUGCUGGGCCUUUGAACAAGAAGAAAGACCUACCUUCACUAAGCUCAUGGACAUGCUGGAGAAACUGCCAAAGCGAAACCGCCGCCUGUCUCACCCCGGACAUUUCUGGAAGUCUGCAGAGCUGUGACCGUUGGACAAAGGGACAGCACUCAGCUGCCUCAGCCCCCGAGCCACCUCUCCUUCCCCGCUCUGCCCUCUGCCAGCUCAGGAGGCCAGAGGCUCACCAUCAGAGGGUACCGACCCCGGCCGGCCUGGGAGCACUGCACGACCGAGGUCGGCAGCUUCCCCACUCCCCAGACCCGUGCCCUUUUGCCCGGGCAGGGUUGGGGACCCCUGAGCUAGGACUUACCAGGACCAGCCAGGGAGACGUGGAAUUGAUCCGUGAGGCCCCAGGGGCCACGUGGAGAAGAGAACUGGAGGCUGAAUGCAGAGCGCCCCUGGGCCACGGAGACGAGGGCACGAGGCCUACGCGGGCAGGCUCGCAGGACCGGUCUGUGUGUACAUGUGCGUCCCCGUGCACGAUGCCGUUCGCUCUAGAUCCCCUGUGACAAGCGAGAGCCAGGCCGCCCCGGCUCUGGAGCGCCCCUCUGCUGACUUGGUCCCUGGGCGGUGGGUUCCAGCUGUGCUGUCUGGAAAGAUGGGGUGGGGUGGGGAGCUAAGCACCAGCUUCGUGGAGGCCUUGGGGCCCAGAGCUGGGCAGGGGGGCUAAACUGCUCCUGUGUAAACAUCUGUUCCCCCAGGCCUGUCAUGGGUCUCGGCCUCUUUGCAUAUGGCUCCGAAGUACACAGAACAGUCUUGUAUGUCUUUUGAGCUCUGGGUCUCUCUGGGGUGUGGCUCCCAUUUCUGCCGCCUUCGCCUGUUCUGGGAGAGCACCGUCCCUUUUGGCCUCCUUGCCCCCAUGCUUCCCCCUGCCAUUUGAAAAGCACAGUGGCUUCCUGGCCGAGAUGACUUCUGGGGACUCCUUGCAGCUUGCCUUCGCCCACGACACCCCCCUGAAGCCUGGGCCCUGAGAACUGGGGGGCUGGGGAGGAAGUUCUAGGACAUUCCUUCUCCCUCCUCCUGUUCUGGCAUCUACACCAGCUAAGUUUGUCCACCACGGCGAUGGACGUGGGUCCCUAAUAUAUGUAUGUUGGAUUUCACGGCA